GCCCGAGAUGUACUCUAGGGAAGGAAGCACAUAGUGGUUGGGUUGCUUUCAAAAGAGCUUUUCGUAGUCUUCAUAGUGCAGUGCCAGAAGCUUUCCCUGUUUACUACGUAUCGGCAGUGUAUCGGCAACGCAUACUAAGAUUUGCAAUCGCAUAGUGAAAGGAUGCAAGAGCACGUGUGCGAAAUGGUGGCGUCCUCGCUUGGAAGCCGCCACACCGUGGAAACGAGGAAAUGUGCAAACGAAUAAUUUAACGCGUGGGGAGCGGUGGCAUAUAGUGGAAGGAAAUUUCCACACAAACACGGUCGGCGUACGGCGUACGGAGUGUUUGUGUGGUGACUUUUAUUAUUCGAUUUGUUUCGUCGCUUGCUAACCCGAGUUCGUCGUCUGGCGUCAAGGUCUGAUAGAAAGGCAGCGAGAGUGAACCGAGGUGGCAAUAAACAGGCACCCCCCCGUACAAUCAAGUGAGCCGAGAAUGUCUGACAAGCAAACUGCAUUCGGCUAUUUGUUUGUUUAGAAUGUUUGUGAGAGGAAUGUUUGCUGAGCCCUUCGCGUCAGACGGCAAUUUGUUGUUACAUUUAUAGUGUUCUUUUUUUGUAAAUAUAAGUCCCCACUUUGAAUGUGUCCUUUGAGCGUCACGAUUACCUCAUUUACUAGGCAAAUGCUUGUGAGUGGAGUGAUCGUAAAGAUUCCAUGUUUUUUUAGUGCUACUAGGGUUCGAGGUCCUAUCACUCGUCCGUCAGUGGUUUGUAGUUGUUUUUACUUUACUAUUUUCCCGCUUCUCUCCCACUCUCUCUCUCUCCCUGUUCACUCCUGCGUCCUGUCUUACAACGUCGAUCGCACGUGAUCCGCCAUACAGUGUUGUGAAAAAAGUACCGUGCAAACACUGGAAGCUGCAACUCGAUGGAGCCAACCGCAACGCCUCAACGAGCCAGUUGUGAGUAGUGAACGGAGGGAGGUGAUUCCAUCAGCUUGCUGAUCUACAAGUAAAUCAACAAAAGUCAACGACGCCUUCGCCAGCAGGCGAAGAUUAUAAGUGAUCGAGUGCAGUGUAUGUGUGUCGUGAUUCGUGAUCGUAGUAUUGGUCUGUGUGGCGUUUGUGCUCGUGAUUGUGCCAGUGCAGUGAACGGUGUCACGGUGCCAACCGCGGCACACACCGCGAUCCAUCCAAAAAGAUGGUGCAAUGCACUCUGAUCUGGGCCGGCAUCGGUGCGAUGAUGGCCGUAUCCGGCGCCCUGCUCGGCUGGGUCGUGUUCCCCCGCGCCGUGCACGAGAAAGUGAUUGAGGCCACAGAGCUACGGCAGGGCACGGAUCAAUACAAGCGCUGGGAGGCGUUGCCCCAGCCGCUAGACUUUAAGGUGUACAUAUUCAACGUCACCAACCCGUACGAGGUGAUGCAGGGCCGGCGCCCGAAAGUGGUCGAGGUGGGACCGUACGUUUACUUCCAAUACCGACAGAAGGAUAAUGUACGGUUUAGCAGGGAUCGUUCGAAGGUCCAUUUCAGCCAGCAGCAGAUGUACGUGUUCGAUGCAGAAUCGUCCUAUCCGCUGACGGAGAACGACGAACUGACGGUGUUGAAUAUGCACAUGAACAGCAUUUUACAAAUAAUCGAUAACCAAGCAAAGGAAACGAUCACCAAUUUUCGAUCGGACGUGAAUAAUACACUCGAAAAAAUUCCCGUCGUUAGAGUCAUUAAACGGAUCAUCGAGCGCACCACGCCGAUCCAAUCGAUACUGCAAAUUGCCGAAGAUGAAACGUACGACAGCUUGCGGCUGAUCAAUGUCGAGCUGAACCGUAUCUUUGGCCGGCCGGACACGAUGUUCCUGCGGACGACGCCGAAACAGUUCCUGUUCGAUGGUGUGCCGUUCUGCGUGAACGUGAUCGGCAUUGCGAAGGCAAUCUGCAAGGAGAUCGAGAAGCGCAACACCAAAACGAUUCGCACCAUGCCAGACGGGAGCCUAAGGUUUUCCUUCUUCAGCCAUAAAAACAUGACGGACGAUGGCAUGUUCACGAUCAACACGGGCAUUAAGGAUCCGUCCAGGACGCAAAUGAUUGAGCUGUGGAACGGUCGAACGACGCUCGACGUGUGGAACAAUCGGAGCAGCGGGCUGUCCUCGUCCUGCAACAAGAUACACGGAACGGACGGUUCCGGUUAUCCACCGUUCCGGACCGGGGUGGAACGGAUGACAAUCUUUAGCACGGAUAUCUGCCGCACAGUAGACAUUAAACUGACCGGCUCGUCAUCGUACGAGGGCAUCCCAGCGCUACGGUACGAGAUUGACAAUAACUUCCUGCACGAAAUAGGACCCGAGUACGGUAACGACUGUUACUGCGUCAACAAGAUCCCGAAGUCGAUCGUUAAAAGCAACGGCUGCCUGUACAAGGGUGCACUGGACCUGUCCAACUGUUUCGAUGCACCGGUCGUUCUAACGCUUCCCCAUAUGCUGGGUGUUGCCGAGGAGUACACCGCACUGAUUGACGGUAUGGACCCUGAGCCGGAGCGGCAUCAGAUCUUCGUAGACGUAGAACCGUACACCGGGACACCGCUGAACGGUGGCAAAAGGGUGCAGUUCAACAUGUUCCUGCGGCGGAUCGAUGCGAUCAAGCUGACCGACCGGUUGCAGCCGACCCUGUUUCCGGUGAUCUGGAUCGACGAAGGAAUCGCGUUGAACGAGGACAUGGUGAAGCUGAUCGACGACAGUCUGAUGAAGGUGCUCAGCCUGCUGGACGUGGUGCAGUGGGUGCUGAUCGGUGUGGGGCUACUGCUGGCCGUCCUAAUGCCAACGGUGUACUUCGUGAAACGGUGCCGGGGCGAGGGUAGCCGAACGGUUAGCCCGGCCGUUACGGCCACCACCAGUGCAGCCAGCCUGUCGACGGUGGCGGGCGUUACGGGUGAUCGAAGCAAAUGACGCACGUCGCUUACUAUGCUAAGUCUGGACUGAUGAAUCUAGCAGCGGCAGCCGCAGUUUUGGUAGCGGAGCCGCGAUCGGCAGCGAUCAACAUAUUAAAAAACAAAAGGUGCCAAUGAGAUAGGUGUCAGGUGCACCUGUGCGUAUGUGUGUGUAUGAACGUAUGUAUGUAGAAACGCAUCCCUAGGAUCUACGAGAAUGCGACGAAUGCGUGUGACAUGAAUGUUUGAGCAAGGGAUUUUGGUACGAGCAAAAAAUCAUGCGCUUCCUGGCCCAACGACCGCUGACAAAACUCAAGAGCCUGAAACUCCGAUGCCGUCCAUUAAUCAAAGGGGAUUUCUGGAUCGUGGGUCUUGGGUUGGUCGUUUUUAAGGUAACGAUCGAGUUUUAGAAAUAGCUACCAAACCGACCGAUUGUACUUGCUUUCUUCUAUAUUUCGUUUCUGUUGUUCUUGUAAUGAAUGUGAUUUAUCGUAAGAACGUUAUAGUAAGCAGGAAAUAAAAAGUAAAACCAUAUUUUUCAAUAAAAAUGCAAAAAACAUAACCAAA